AUGUUCCCAUCAGCGGCUACCGAUGACGCCUCGACGGCUACUAGCACUGUCAAACGUGCCCGCGCGAAGCAUGCAUGCCGGGUCAAUUGCGAGGUGUUGCCGUCUCGUCGAGGGAGAUAUCCGCGGAAGAACAAACGCCAGAAGCAGAUUGAACAACAAAGGCGUUCUGCUCUUAGCCCCAGUGUACAAGGCAGCGAUGGGAGACCCCUCUCUCACCGGCCGACAUCAUCUGUUCAUACAGUGGCAUCAGGCGCAACUCCCCAGACUGAAAGAGAUGCUGCCGAUACUAGAAUACCGGCGAGGAGCCCUUCACCUUCAACAGAUUCAGCAGCACCUGGGAACUUGUUCUUUGGCGAAUCCAACUUUCUCACCCUGGUCCCUGGAAUGCCCCGUAUAGGAGAGCAGCUCGACGAACAAGAUGACCAAAACGGCAGCAAGCAAAAGGCCCGACUCCUCUUUCCCAUCAACAGCACACCUCAGUCCAUGCCCGAAGGUGCAUCUCCAGCUAGUAUCGAUCGCCUCAGUGUAGGAACAUCACGAUAUCUACGUGAUGAGGGCGCCCUCACAUUACCCGACCUGCAAGCUUGCACUCCAGCCCUGCAAGCUUACUUCACCUGGUUUCAUCCAUGCUUCCCAAUUUUGGAUAGGGCAGAGUUCACUCGCCAACUGGCUGCGUCCGAGGUCUCAUACCUUUUAAUGCAGUCCAUGCUCUUCAUCGGGGCAACGUACUGUGACAAUGCGACCAUCACUUCCAUGGGUUUCACUGAUAGAACAGAGGCCAAGUCGUUGCUGUACACCCGAGCGAGACUUCUCUUUCAUGCCGAUUGGGAAAAGGAUGAGACCACCCUGAUUCAAUCACUGUUUCUUAUGAGUUUCUGGCGAGGUGGUCCCUCUGACGUUAGGGAUGUGCGGUAUUGGCUGGGAGUUGUCAUUGGUGUGGCGGAGUCAUAUGGACUUCAUAGAUCACCAAGGUUCACGACUAGAGAUCCUCAAAAGGCUCGUCUAAGGAGACGAAUCUGGUGGUCUAUCUACGUCCGAGAGAGACAAGCAGCCGCUUCGCUGGGCCUUCCCAGUAGAAUCAGAGAUGACGACUGCGACAUAGAGCCACUGAGCCCAUCGGACCUGGAGUCUGAGACCGAACAUCCCGAUUUUUCUCCUUUUGGCUGCUGUAAGCCGGAGCACAUCACAUACGCCAUCAAGAUGGUAGAUGUUGCACGAAUACUUGGCCGGGUAGUUGAUGUGCACUUUUCACCUGGCAGGCAACCGUCGACCCCUGAGCAGAUCCAAGACGUCGGUGAUGCACUCGAAGACUGGAGAGCAAACCUCCCAGAGGAUAUGAACCGCGGUGUCGAGGAUGGUACGGCCUCAGUGUGGGCGCAUCUGUUACACCUUGCCUACAAGCAUAAGUUUCUUAGACACGGCCAAGACGAACAGAGCGGGCAGAUCGCCGUAGCGGCUGCGUCUAAGAUUAGCAGGAUCGCUGAGGACAUGCUUGCACAAGGAACGCUUCGCUAUGGACAGAUGCACUUAAUCACGAGUUUAUUUGCCGCCCUCUGCAUCCAUGCCAUCAGCAUAAGGCGAGGCGUGGAUGUAUCUCGCCGCAUCGCUGAGCAUCGUGCGCAGAUGUGUCUCCUCGGCCUGCAAGAGAUACAAAAGUACUGGAAGAUCAACAACAAUGUGCUGGAUUUGUUUCUCCAAUAUCUCGACGUGUCAAUUGCCCAGCGACUACACGGCGCAACAAGCAGUGAUGCACCCAUCCACAGCAUCGCCGACCUUGAAUCAGGAGUGACUUCGGAAGACCAGCAAGGAAGUGCAGAUGCAGCCAGUCCAGGAGAGCGGACACAUGACUUUCCCACCCCGCAGACGCAGGCCCAGACAAGAGUCUUUGAAGACCAAUACUUUAAUCUUUUGUACGGACCCUGGGAGGGUGAUGACGGCAUGGCGGAUCUCGGCCUGGUCCUGCAGGCGAAUGAUCCAAUGCAGAUGGAGAGUCUCAAUAUCCUGGGCCGUUCGCGGUGA